AUGCCAGGCAGCAGCCCCACGCUGGCGGGGUGCUUUGUUUUCUUUGCGCUGCUCAGCAACGGCCUGGUGCUAGUGUAUACGCUCAUCCUUUACCCGUUCUUCCUAUCGCCGCUACGCCACCUCCCACGGGCAAAAGGCUUUAUUCCGCUCAUCGGCCAUGGCUGGAUGAUGACGCAGCGACCAGGCGGGGAGCCGCAUCUCCGCGUCAUGAAGGAGACGCCCAACGACGGCCUGGUCCUCUCUCACGGCUUCUUCCACACAACAAGGCUGAUUGUCACGUCACCGCUUGCGCUGGCCGAUAUCCUUGUGCACAAGAGCUAUGAUUUCGAGAAGCCGGCUUUUGCUCGGGGCUUUUUGGUAAAGUUCCUUGGGCAGGGCCUGUUGACGAGUGAGGGCGACGAGCACAAGCACCACCGCAAAAGGAUUGCGCCGGCCUUCCACUUUAGACAUAUCAAAGAACUGUAUCCCGUGUUUUGGGCAAAGUCGACAGAGUUUGUCCGUGUGCUGCAAAAGGACCUCGCUGAGCGACCCAACCAUGUCUUGGAGAUUGGCCAUUAUUCCACCCAAGUGACCAUGGACAUCAUAGGGCUUGCGGGGCUGGGCCGGGACAUUGGGUCGUUGCGCAACAGCGACGACGAGCUCAUCAAGAACUACGAGGAGAUUCUCGAGCCGACCAGGGAAAAGGUGCUGUAUUUUGUCAGCCACAUCGUCUUGUCGCCCUGGGUGGUUAGCAAGUUGCCGUGGAAGCUAAACGAGAGAGUCAGGAUUACGACGGGCACGCUGAAGCGGAUAUGCACCGAGUUUGUGGCAGAUAAAAAGGCCAAGAUGAAGGUCGGGGGCGCCGACAGCAGCGAGAGUCGUGAUAUCCUGUCCAUCAUGAUACGCAGCAACGACUUUUCCGACGAGAACCUGGUAGACCAGCUACUUACAUUCCUAGCAGCCGGUCACGAAACCACGUCGUCAGCACUGACAUGGGCAUCCUACCUGCUGUCGCAAAAUCCAGCUAUCCAGACCCAUGUCCGGGCAGAAAUCCAUCAAUAUAUACCGGACCCCAAGGCGCUCUCGGAGCCAAGCUUCGACGUGGCUAGCCUGCUGGAAAGCAUGCCAUACCUCAACGCCGUGUGCAACGAGGUGCUUCGGCUCUACCCCACCAUACCCGUUUCCGCACGCGUUGCCAUUCGCGACACGACGGUUGCGGGCCACUUCAUCCCCAACGGGACCAUGUUCUUCGUAGUGCCGUGGGCGACAAACCGUAACCCCGCACUGUGGGGCGCCAACGCAGAGGACUUUGUGCCUGAGCGGUGGCUUGACAAGGAGAGCGGGCGGGCGACCAUGAACGGUGGAGCAGCCAGCAACUACAGUUUUCUAACGUUUCUGCACGGACCACGAAGUUGCAUUGGUGAGAGAUUUGCGCGGGCGGAGAUGAGGGCUCUUGUAGCGGCAUUUGUGGGGAGCUUCCAAAUGGCGUUGGCAGACCCCCUGGAAAAAGUGGUUGUGGGUGGAACGAUUACGAGUAAGCCGGUCAGCGGGAUGAGGCUUAAGUUGGAACCAGUGAAAUGGGGACCUGAAUGA